GUGGUGCCUCGCAGUCUACUCGCUCCACGCCAACCAACCAACGAACACACUACGAUUUUGACUUCUAAUGCACAUUACACAUGUACUCGAGAAUUCCUGUCGAUUCGUCUUCAUACUUUAGUUAUCUGCGAAAUGACAGGUGCUUAAGAAUGCUUUAUAUAAAGCGUUCAAGUUAAUAUGUUGUGAGCGUUUGGGCAUGGGUGUUGGCGGAGAGGGGAUGGUGGCUAGUCUCUGGCCGGGCGGCAGUCUUUUGGCUGCUCUUGGCGUGAGCACUGCGCGCUUAUUGCGUCUGCGCCGCACCACCAACACACUCGCAUGAGUUUGACUCCUACCAUGCUUACUUUCAGUGUUGGGUGUAUUUGUAUUAUAUAAGGGAGGAUGUGGGAGUAGUGUAGUGAGGAUCGUAGUGUUGAUGAUACUAUGUGAUACUGCAGCCAGUGCGGCGGCGAGCAUGAUGCAGCCCAUUGUCAACGGAUACACAAGUAUACAGUCUCCUGUGGACGGUGGUCAUGCGGGUGUGGUAAGUCCUCCAACACAGUUAUCGCCUCAGCCCCUGAGUCCUCAUACUGGUGUGUCCACAGUGACGGCUGUAUCGUGUUCAGGGAGCUAUAGCAGUGACCGUCAUACAGGCUCCACGCGAGUGACACACAUGGCCAACGGUGCCCUCAUGACACGUACUAUGCACAUGGCACCUACGUCAGUCCAUGUCCGCGGUCACUCCAACCACGGGCGAAGACACGCCACCGUGGGGCCUUAUCCAUACUCCCACCUACGCGGAAGUCUAGUCAGUGGUGUGUUGGGAGAGGCGACUGGCACCAUCAAUGGGAGUCUCCUUCAAGCAGGGCAACAACCGAUUUUGACAGAGGCGAGUUUAUUGGGUAGUGCCACUUAUCCACUGAGUAAAUAUAAGAUAGUAAUGGGCAGUGCCACUUAUGUGAUUAAAUAUAAGACAGUACUGGGCAGUGCCACUUAUGUGAUUAAAUAUAAGACAGUACUGGGCAGUGCCACUUAUCAUGUGAGUAAAUAUACAACCAUAAUUACAGUAUUGGUCAAUGCCAGUUAUCCCCUGAGUAAAUAUAAUACCAUAAAGACAAUACUGAGCAGUGCCACUUAUUCUGUGAGUAAAUAUACUACCUAUGGCUCGGACGACUUCAAUCAAGACUCUCCGCGAUAUACGUCACCCAAACCUGGUGGGCUCUAUGGUGAAUCUUACUUUAUGGUGUUUAGGUUAUUCUUGUCAUCUCACUUCACAGCUGGGCGAACACUCGGCAAGGCGUUAUCUUCUAUAUAUCCUGGAGAACAGACGUCGAGCAGCUACAGCAGUAAUCCUGGCACUCCAGUAUCUGCCACCUCCCCGCCCCCCCUCACCUCUGGGGCAACUAGUGGGGCCCCCCAACAGUGGCCACAGCCUCAUACACCCACCUCACCUCACUAUGACCGUUCCCUCCCCAUGCCACGUAUGGCAGAGGAGAACUUAGAGUCAGCAAUCGACUAUCUUCGAGAUAUUGAGGGAUCGAGGAUAGAUGAAAGAUUGGAAGAUGCAGUCAAUGUCCUACAGCGUCAUGCAGAGACUACGGGAGGCAUAACGGGUGCUGGUGCACACUUGGGACCCUCGUCACAUGGGGGCUCUCUACCACCUUACCCUUCUGCACUUGAUUCACAUUUGGGUGCUCCACCUAAUUCCACGUUUACUACCUUGGGAUCCCAUUCACAAGAUCUGAAAGGUCUUGGAGUACCAGGCUUAGGUGAAAGUGUUAAAGAAAAAUUAGAAGUUAAAACAGAAGAUUUAUCCAGCUCACACCUACCAACAACCACAGUAGCGGGAACUAUGCCAGCAGGAGCGAAGGGUGGCAAGCGCUCUCGCAGUUUAUCCCAGUCCUGCUUGCCUGACCCUUCAAAGCAGCUUGGCCCACCUCUGCUCAGACUUCUGGCUUCGGCUCAGCAUUCUGGUUCCAGCACGGAGGAUGAAGAAUGUACAGACCCUGAGACUAAAGCACUAAGGGAGAAAGAACGACGCCAAGCUAACAAUGCAAGAGAAAGGAUCAGAAUCCGUGACAUAAACGACGCUCUCAAGGAACUGGGGAGGAUGUGCAUGACACAUCUGAAAACUGACAAGCCCCAGACUAAGCUGGGCAUUCUCAACAUGGCAGUUGAUGUUAUAAUGUCGCUCGAACAGCAAGUCAGAGAACGUAAUCUGAAUCCUAAGGCAGCUUGUCUGAAGCGGCGUGAGGAGGAAAAGUCUGAUAAACUACCACCACCACACCUGCCACACCCUUCCAGUAUGGCCCCACCUUUCCCAAAUCUCCCUGGUGAUCAUUUAAGCCAUGGUGGAGCUGGACCUCACUAGUGACCUGACCACCACUGGCAGCAGCUGUAGUCCUUUCCAAAAGGACUACAUUGGGGGGUUGUGGAGCCCCCCCAUUAUGGGGGCUGGUAUGUACAGCUGAGCCACUCACAAGGCCUGUGUGAGAGGCAGCAUGUGGUACAUCCAAUGUGGCAGGGGAUCGUGACAUCGGGCAAUUAUAUGUGUUUAGUGUAUAUUUUUUAAGCAUCCAAGAGUGAAUGGCAAGGGAUGGGACAGUUUUGAACGUUGUUUAGGACACCAGGGCCCCCUAACCCCCCCUGCCCAGUGCAGCUCAGUGUGUGGUCUCUUGUGUGCGAUCUUCCACAACAUAUCUCGCAGCCAAUCAUAUCACAAGGCAGCCUAAGCUUGGUCAUGAUGUGACAAUGGUCGUAGCUUCACUUAUCCUGAAAUGUGCAAAAAUGAAGUUCUGCCAGUCUUGGUGUGUAUCUGAGCUCCCAAAGAAAUUAUGGAAGGUUGAGCAUUGACUCAAAUGUGUGAGAACUUGGAAAGUAUUUACAAAGAGCGACACGAUGCCUUGAAGUGUGGGGUGAAGCUGAAUAGUGCAGUGCGAUGAACUGAGAGUUGGCUUCUUAUUGGCCAUGUACUCUGGGCUGGUGGUGAAGACCGAGCAAUGAACCUGACUUCACUAGGUUUAGCAUUGUAUACAUAAUUACUAUACAUUGUGUACAGAAUGACUCAUUAUUUUAUUAAACAAACAUUUUUAGCUAGGUGAUCUAUUCUGAGAAAAAAAAAAAAAGUAAUGUAAAGAAUGCACAAUGCUAUUAUGAACAGAUGGCUUACAUCAAGGAUUAUGAUUCAGAAGCUAAAAUUAUAAUGGUAGCUUCACUGUGUUGAGCAACUCCUCUUUUAAGUGCAUAAUUUUAGUGUAGUUGUUAGUGCUUCCCAUUUUCCUGUGUUCAUCUGCUGACUUUAUUGAUAAUUUUUAUUUUGUACUCAUUAUUUAGAACUGGAUCUCUGUGUCCACCUAUAUGUCAUGAGUGGAAUGAGGCCAAUCAGUCCACAGUGCCUCAACAUCAGUUUUCUGUCAUGGGGAAGUGAUAUAUGUAUUUGAAAAUCAGUGAACUUUCAUUCAGCUAAGGAAACAGCAGCUUAAAAAAAAUGUUUUGUGUAGCUGUGCUGUUAGGCAUAUCUAAUUGGAGAAAUUUAUAUAAUUAUGUUGCACCUAAAUUGCAGCUGAGUAUCAUCCACAAAUUUUUAUAUUACUUGGCAUUGUUAAUGCGUUACUUUGAUCGCAAAAUGGUGCAAUUUCUUAUAAUAGUAUCAUUCUAAAACAUUCCAAUUGAAGUGUUAUGUAACUUUUGUUAAUUACAACUGUGGUCUAUGACCAAAUAUCAAAUCCACUCAUCUCUGGACUGCACUUUGACAUUUACAUUAUUUAAACAUGUGUACAGAGCAGGGACAUGGUGGUGUUUGCACACGUUAUCUUAUUAAUAUCCAGUUCUAUUGGAUAAUUUAUUAUAAAUUUAAUAAACACAACCAUGGCCCUGAUUUCUAUACAAAGUUUGCUGUAGUCCUACUUCAUCUGACUAUCAGGUUAUACAGGGCACAGCUAUUGGAGAUCUCCAGCCUCCAGUGUGAUUUAAUUGCUUUAGACCUCCCACAAGAUUAUUUAGCUAAGAAUUGGUUUAAACAUUUUUUUGAAAUUGACAAAAUAUUUAAUAUGUUAUUGUAGUGUGUUCUCAACUUUGUAGAUAUUAUGGUUUGUUGAGAUGAUGUUUAAUGACAGGAGCAGCCAGCAUUAGAUUCAUGGACUUUUCCUUGUGCAUUUUUAAAGAUUCAUAUUUAAAUAUUUUAUCUGUCAGAAAUAUUCCAUCCAUCCUGGUACGCCUGAGACUCGAAGGGACAUCUUACUGUUCCUCGUGUUUACGCUCACUCAAACUCUGCCGGCUCACCACCCUACACCAGUGCUACCUUUACUUCCUCCCAGCUGAAACUGAGGAUGGAGAGUGUUGAGUUCGGGCACCAGUCUGGCGUGCCUCAGAGCUUCCAGGCACUGCGGCACUUACCCAGUCGGAUGACGUGAUGUGUACAAAUAUUGUAAGACGAGUGCAGUGGGCGCUGUGUCAGCCUCUCCACGAGGGUACUCAACAUGGACUUCAUCUGUAGAAUAAUAAAUGUGCCAUUUUGCAUUA